AUGCAACAGACGUACGAGAGAAGAGUGGGCUACGUGGUAUCUAACGAUCUUGUAAAGGUGUCGUCCUUGCUGCCUUCCAACAAGAACAGGUCCCUGCUUGUCCAUUCGCUCGUCAAAGCGUUUGGGCUGCUAUCCACCGAUGACGCCGGUCUAGGCGUGCAGAGCCUGCCGCCGUCCCCCGCAGAGUUCCGGGAGCUCUCAGCGUAUCAUGACCGGGAUUUUCUCGAGCACGUUUUGAAGGAAGACGUCAGCACCGAGGACGACGCAAACGAAGAAUUCGGUCUGACAGAGGCUAGUGGUCUUGGCAGUCUAAUGGAUUGUCCACCGUUCCCGCAGAUGAGAGACUAUGUCAAGUACGUCGCGGGGGCAUCACUGACUGCCGCCAAAGCACUCAAAGAAGACAAAGUGGACAUAGCCAUCUGCUGGGACGGAGGACGACACCACGCGCAGAAAGCCCAAGCCUCGGGCUUCUGCUACGUCGCCGACUGCGUCCUCGCCAUCCUCGCGCUCAAGCGCCCCCAACCGUCUCCCGACGGCGGCCUCACCCGCCCGCGCGUCAUGUACCUCGACCUCGACCUCCACUUCUCCGACGGCGUCUCCCACGCCUUCCACCGCUCCGCCGCCGGCUCCUCCAGCCCGCAAGUCCUCACCCUCUCCCUCGCGCGCCUCUCGGACCCGUCCGACGCCGGCUUCGACCCGUUCACGCUCGCGCUGCCGCUCGAGCGCGGCGCGGGCCGCGGCGCGUUCGCGCGCGUGUGGCCGCUCGUCGAGCGCGUCCGCGCGGCGUUCCGGCCGGACUGCGUCGUCGUGCAGUGCGGCGCGGACGGGCUCGCGGGGGACCCGUACGCGACGUGGAACUGGUCGAUCGGGGACGGCGAGGGGUCGAUGGGCUGGUGCGUGGACCGGGUGUGCGGGUGGGGGUGCAAGGUGCUGCUCCUGGGCGGAGGGGGGUACAGGUCUCCGAACGUCGCGCGGGCGUGGACGUACUUGACGUCUGUUGCUCUCGGCCGACCGCUGCCCCUGGACGCGGACAUCCCGGACCAUGGAGCGUUCCCCUUGUAUGCCCCUCACAAAAACAGGGAUGAGUACCUCGUCGCGUCGAAGAAAACUUCACAGCAAUAG